AUGCCAUUGUCACGUUCCCUGUCCAUGACGUCUCUGAGCGGGCUACUGCCGGCCUGGGAGGAGGACAAGCUGCCUGUAGAGGACCUGCUGCUCUUUGAGGUGGCCUGGGAGGUCACCAACAAAGUUGGAGGAAUCUAUACAGUGAUUCAGACCAAAGCCAAGAUCACAGUGGAUGAAUGGGGUGAGAACUACUUUAUGAUGGGACCCUACUUUGAACACAACUUUAAGACCCAGGUGGAGGGCUGCGAGCCACCAAACCCCGCCAUCAGGAAGGCCAUGGACGCUCUCAUACACAACGGUUGCCAGGUUCAUUUUGGCCGCUGGCUGAUCGAGGGCAGUCCCUAUGUGAUCCUGUUUGACAUUGGCUCUGCAGCCUGGAAUCUGGACCGCUGGAAGGGGGACCUGUGGCACACCUGCAACGUUGGCCUGCCCUACCACGACAGAGAGGCCAAUGACUCGCUCAUCCUGGGCUCCCUGAUCGCCUGGUUCUUCAAAGAGUUAACAGAUCAGCUGGGAGACAAACCAAAUGUCAUUGGUCAUUUCCAUGAGUGGCAGGCUGGUCUAGGGCUUAUUCUCUCUCGCUUCCGUAAGAUUCCCAUGGCAACAGUCUUCACUACACACGCCACCCUGUUGGGACGAUACCUCUGUGCUGGGAAUGCCGACUUUUACAACAACCUGGACAAGUUCGACAUUGACAAGGAGGCGGGUGAGAGACAGAUCUAUCAUCGUUACUGCCUGGAGAGAGCAGCGGUCCACUGUGCUCAUGUCUUCACCACAGUCUCCCAGAUCACUGCUGUGGAAGCUAACCACAUGCUUCACAGGAAGCCAGAUGUGGUGACGCCUAACGGUCUGAAUGUGAAGAAGUUCUCGGCCAUGCAUGAGUUUCAGAACCUGCACUCCACCAGCAAGGUCCGCAUCCAGGAAUUUGUCAGAGGACACUUCUAUGGUCACCUGGACUUCAACCUGGAAAAGACCCUCUUCUUCUUCAUUGCUGGACGCUAUGAGUUUUCCAACAAGGGAGCUGAUAUUUUUCUUGAAUCACUGUCCAGACUCAACUACCUCCUGCGGGUCCACAGAAAUGAUGUGACGGUGGUAGUUUUCUUCAUCAUGCCAGCUAAAACUAACAACUUCAAUGUUGAGUCACUGAAGGGGCAAGCAGUACGCAAACAGCUCUGGGAUACAGCUCACACUGUGAAGGAGAAGUUUGGCAAAAAGCUGUAUGAUGCUCUGUUAAAAGGGCAGAUCCCUGACAUGAACUCCAUUCUGGACCAGGACGACUUCACCAUUAUGAAGAGAGCUAUCUAUGCCACUCAGAGACACAGCCUCCCUCCAGUGACCACUCACAACAUGCUGGACGACUUAACAGAUCCCAUCCUGUCCAACAUCAGACGCAUUGGCCUUUUCAACUCCAGGAAUGACCGCGUAAAGGUUAUCUUUCACCCUGAGUUCCUGUCCUCCACCAGUCCUCUGCUGCCAAUGGACUAUGAGGAUUUUGUUCGUGGCUGUAACCUUGGAGUUUUCCCCUCCUACUAUGAACCGUGGGGAUACACACCUGGUGAAUGUACUGUAAUGGGCAUUCCCAGUGUGACCACCAACUUGUCAGGUUUCGGCUGCUUCAUGGAGGAGCAUGUCUCAGACCCUGCUGCCUAUGGUAUUUACAUCGUGGACCGGCGGUUUCAGUCGGCCGAGGAGUCCUGCAACCAGCUGACCCAGUUCAUGUUCAGUUUCUGCCAGCAGUCUCGGCGCCAGCGCAUCAUCCAGCGGAACCGGACUGAAAGGCUGUCUGACCUGCUGGACUGGAGAUACCUGGGACGGUUCUAUAUACAUGCCCGCCAUCUCGCACUUAGCAGAGCUUUCCCAGACAAAUUCAAGAUGGACCCCAUGGCCCCUCUGAAGACAGAGGGUUUCCGUUACCCCAGGCCCUACUCGGUGCCCCCCUCUCCCUCUGCCUCCCUCCACUCCACCCCCCACCACAGUGAUGUGGAGGACGAUGAUGACGAUGAGCCCUACGAUGAAGAUGAGGAGGCUGAGAAGGACCGGCUGAAUAUCAAGGCUCCAUUUGUGCUGGGUGCUGUGCCAGAGGGCAAAAAAAAGCAACCAGGAGAGUCAGGAAACUGA